CCAGAUGAUCCCUCCCCGGGGCCGCCGCCGCCGCCGCCGCCGCCUUCCCCGCCUCCCCGGGCCGGGGCCGCCUUCUCAGCCAGUGGCGUAGGCGCCUCUGCGUCGCGGCCCCGGGUAGCGGCGGAAAUGUCAAGCUCUCAGCGGAGGUCGAGCCGUUCAUCCCCCAGAAGAAGACUCCGGACCCGUUCCUGAUCCCCAUGGCCCUCCCCAGUGAUGGGGGAGGUGUUUCUGGUGUGGAGCCAACUCCCAUCCCCAGCUACCUGAUUACCUGCUACCCAUUUGUGCAGGAAAACCAGCCCAAUAGACAGUUUCCUUUAUAUAACAGUGACAUACGAUGGCAGCAGCCCAGUCCCAACCCCGCUGGACCAUACCUUGCCUACCCCAUUCUGUCUGCCCAGCCGCCCGUCUCUGCGGAAUACACGUAUUACCAGCUGAUGCCAGCACCCUGCGCCCAGGUGAUGGGUUUCUACCACCCCUGCCCCGCACCCUACUCCAGCACUUUCCAGGCUGCGAGCGCUGUCAGUGCCAUAGCCGGGGAAUGCACCGAGCGCCCGAGUCCACUUGGCCAGGUCUUCCCGCUGUCCAGCCAUCGAGGCAGAAACAGCAGCCGAGGGCCAGUCGUUCCAAAGCAACAGCUUUUACAGCAGCACAUAAAAAGCAAAAGACCACUGGUGAGAAAUGUCGCUACUCAGAAAGAGACUAACGCCGCAGGUCCUGAUAAUCGGUCCAAAAUUGUGCUUCUGGUAGAUGCAUCACAGCAGACAGAUUUCCCGACAGAUAUCGCUAACAAGUCCCUCUCCGAGAGCACUGCCCCCAUGCCGUGGAAGUCCAAGGGCAGGAGGAGAAGAGCGUCCCACCCCACUGCUGAGUCCUCCAGUGAGCAGGGUGCCAGCGAGGCCGACAUCGACAGUGACAGCGGUUACUGCAGUCCCAAGCACAACAACAGCCAGCCUGCAGCGGGCGCCUUGAGAAACCCUGACCCUGGGACUGCAAGUCACGCGGAAUCAUCUAUAUGUGCAGGUGGUGCAAAUUGGUCCAAUGUAACUUGCCAGGCAACUCAGAAAAAACCUUGGAUGGAAAAAAAUCAGACGUUUUCUAGAGGUGGAAGGCAAACUGAACAAAAAAAUAAUUCACAGGUUGGCUUCAGAUGCCGAGGACACAGUACUUCCUCAGAAAGAAGACAGAAUUUGCAAAAGAGACAAGACAAUAAUAAGCAUUUAAACCCUAGUCAGUCCCAUAGAAGUGACCCAAAUUCUGAGUCUUUAUAUUUUGAGGAUGAAGAUGGGUUUCAACAACUAAGUGAGAACGGCAAUGCGAAGGAUGAGAAUAUUCAACAGAAACUUUCUUCAAAAGUACUAGAUGAUUUACCUGAAAACUCACCAAUCAAUAUAGUGCAGACUCCGAUUCCCAUCACCACCUCCGUUCCUAAACGGGCAAAAAGUCAGAAGAAGAAAGCUUUAGCAGCAGCUCUUGCCACAGCUCAAGAGUAUUCGGAAAUAAGUAUGGAGCAAAAGAAGUUGCAGGAAGCCUUAUCAAAAGCAGCUGGGAAGAAAAACAAAACUCCAGUGCAGCUGGAUUUAGGGGACAUGUUAGCUGCCCUGGAGAAACAGCAGCAAGCAAUGAAGGCGCGGCAGAUCACCAACACCAGGCCUCUGUCCUGCACCGUGGUUACUGCAGCUGCUUUUCACACUAAAGACUCUGCUACCAGAAAACCUUUGACCAAGAGUCAGCCCUGUUUGACGUCCUUUAACGCUUUGGACAUUACUUCGUCUAAAACAAAAAAAGGAAGAGAGAAGGAAAUUGCAAAGUUAAAAAGACCCACAGCACUUAAAAAGGUUAUUUUGAAAGAAAGAGAGGAAAAGAAGGGCCGAUUGACAGUGGACCACAGUCUUUUGGGAUCCGAGGAGCCAACAGAACUGCCUUUGGAUUUUAUGGAUGAUCUGCCCCGGGAGAUCCCCUCCCAGGAAGAUAACGGACUGAGCAUGCCCAGCGAUACCUCGCUCUCCCCAGCGAGUCAGAACUCUCCGUACUGCAUGACGCCCGUGUCCCAAGGCUCUCCUGCGAGUUCUGGGAUAGGCAGCCCAAUGGCAUCGUCCACAAUAACCAAGAUCCACAGCAAGAGAUUUAGAGAGUACUGUAAUCAGGUUCUCUCCAAAGAGAUUGAUGAGUGCGUGACGCUCCUCCUCCAAGAGCUGGUCAGUUUCCAGGAGCGUGUCUACCAGAAGGACCCUGCUCGGGCCAAGGCCAGGCGCCGGCUGGUCAUGGGGCUGCGGGAGGUCACCAAGCACAUGAAGCUGAGCAAGAUCAAGUGCGUCGUCAUCUCUCCCAACUGCGAGAAGAUCCAGUCCAAAGGUGGUCUGGACGAGGCACUCUAUAAUGUUAUAGCUAUGGCUCGAGAACAAGAAAUUCCUUUCGUGUUUGCCCUGGGGAGAAAAGCUCUAGGGCGCUGUGUGAACAAGCUGGUUCCUGUCAGUGUAGUGGGAAUCUUCAACUACUUCGGUGCUGAGAGCCUGUUUCAUAAGUUGGUGGAGCUCACAGAGGAGGCCAGGAAAGCAUACAAAGACAUGGUUGCGGCCAUGGAGCAGGAGCAGGCCGAGGAGGCCUUGAAGAACGUGAAGAAGGUGCCACACCACAUGGGCCACUCGCGGAACCCCUCCGCGGCCAGUGCCAUCUCCUUCUGCAGUGUGAUUUCCGAGCCCAUCUCCGAGGUCAACGAGAAGGAAUACGAGACAAAUUGGAGAAACAUGGUGGAGACCUCGGAAAAUGAGAAGGAGGCGUGCAGCCAGCAGUGUACUUCUGAGAAGGCGGGUAGACUGCCGCCCACCCCCGCCCCGGCAGGGAAGCAGCCAGCCCUGAGCCUCCCGGCCGUGGGCAGCGCCAGCUCCCUGCCCAGCCCGGGGAAGGCCACAGCCGGUGACAAGGAGGAGGUGAAGCCCGACGAGCUGGAGUGGGCCUCGCAGCAGAGCACGGAGACCGGAUCCCUGGACGGCAGCUGCCGGGACCUGCUCAGCUCGUCCAUCACCAGCACCACCAGCACGCUGGUGCCUGGGAUGCUUGAGGAGGAGGACGACGAGGACGAGGAGGAGGAGGAGGACUACACCCACGAACCCAUCUCGGUGGAGGUGCAGCUCAACAGUCGGAUUGAGUCCUGGGUCUCGGAGACCCAGAGAACUAUGGAGACCCUCCAGCUGGGGAAGAGCCUGGCCGGCCCGGAGGAGGACCGCACAGAGCAGAGUGGAGAGGAGGACGCUGAGGCGCCCGAGGCGCUGGAGCCGGGGCCGGACACGGAGGCCUGGACUCCAGACCAUCAGGCCAUGCCCGACCCACAGAAGCCCAGCAGCUGCGGCCCCACGAGCCAGGAGCCCACAAAGCCCAGCAGCACACCCCAGCACGCGUAACUCAGGAACCAUCAGCUCUGGGGCCAAGGGCUGCAGCGCUGCCUGGAAGUCAUCUGGGCUGUACCUUGGUACUUGCUUGUGUCCAGCUCCCAGCCGGUACUUUUGUAGCACUUACUGUCUUGCGCCAAUCUAUAGCUUAGCUUUUAAUUUGCUGCAUCUGGAUGUCUUUCUAAGAAUCUGUGGGAAAUUCAGAUCCAGUUCAACUUCUUUUGUAAUGAAAAGUAAUGUUCAAAUAAGGAAGAUCAAGUUUGAAGGAAAGUAAAUUUUAAAUGCCUGCUUAAGUCAUUUUGAAAGCUAGAGAUCAGGGUCUAAGGAUCAGUGCAGUUACCAGUGUUUGCAUCAAGACUGUGGUUCCUUAACCACAGUCUGAUCAGAGGGUCGUUUGGGCAUCUUUCAAAAACAACUGCAGACAGGGUCAGAGAACUGUGUAGAAGGCCGAGGGCAGCAGGCCCACAAGCGAACAAGCCAGUGCUGCUUUCCUGUGGUCCACAGAGGCACAUUUCAGGAGUCACUGAUUGUCACUGUCCUUGAAGCUUGGGGGCGCUCGCUGACGGCCUCCCAGACUUAGGCAGGCGGAGGUCACCAGGAGCCUGGGCAGCCUCGGUGGAAGGGACCCAUGUGUGUCCAGCAGGGCGGUCACCUGGGAGAGGACCUCCAGGUUUGACCUCAGAGUUGCUUUCUACUUACCUCAGGAACGGUCUUGUACGUAGUCUGUUUACAUAAAGACAGGUGAAUAACUGUGAUGGCUGGCGGCGUGACUGCAGCACUUCGGUGAAUAGUCUCCUGGUGUGUUCUCGCAUGCUUCCGGUUCAGGACUCGCUUAAGAUGCAGAUUGGAUGGGGUAUCGACACUUGCACUGAGUGCAAAACUGCUUCAUCUCUUUUCAAAAUAGCGUUUCGUGCCUGGCCUUGGGCACCUUCCACACGGCAGUGACCAUAGUUACUGACAGGAAGUCAGGGAAAGGAAUUUUGCACAACUUCUAAGGUUAUCCUGAUGAUCAAGGCUUAGAAGAGGAGGUUUUAAAAGAAAAGAGAACGUUUUAAUUGCGCUAAACCUGUUAGAUGACUUAGAGUAGAAAGAUAUAUGCAUGUAUUCAUUUCUUAGUCAUUUAUUUAUCUUCGCCCUUCUAGGAAUGUGGGUCCUGCUCUGGAGAAAUCAGCUCAGUGAGCUAAAUGUACUUGCUAGUCAGUCAGCACCGGGCUUUCGUGAUUGUGACCAGUGCAUGUAGCGCUGGGAGAAUCACACGCGGUCCACUUUCUGUCUCCCGUCCACCUCCUCCUGCAUCCCAGCUGGCCUGCACACGCGCGCACGCACACACACACACACACACACACACACACACCAGCCUCGCUCCCAGGCUCCGGUAUGAUGACACAACAAGGAGGGAGGGUCUCCCCCACACUGGCUGCAGGGGCAGGAGGGCAGAGCUGGGGGCUGCUUGCCUGAACUCAUUGGGGUGCUGUGCUGUCAUUGGUGCUUUAUAAUGCCGGCACUUCAUUGCUAGAGAGGUCAGAGUCUUGGCUGGCAGUAUCGUAUUUGUGGGGAAGUUCAGGAGCACUGCUGUGGAGGAAGUGUGUCUGUCAGCUUUCCUACUGUGCUGAAAGGGGCCCACACUCCACAGUCUUGUCUACACCGCGGUAAUUACCCGCCUUUCAAGGCACACAGCUGGUAAGGGAUGAAGCCUGUCAGGGUAACCUGGAUUCAGACGUGGCAGAUCUUACUGUCUCCAUAGAUUUGGAAGCAUCUGUGCAUUUAAAGAAAUGAUAGAGGUUUUGAGCUACUGACAAUCCUGAGAGUUUUAAAACUUUUUCUACUUUCUAUCGUGUUAAUUUCCUUUGCUCAGUGUCAGUGAUUCAGAGAACUCUUGAUCUUAGGGAAUGGCUUUCAUAGGGUUCUUGUAUUUUCUCUGUCUUCUGGACAUGAAUUGUCGUUUUUGAUUUUUGACAUUUGUAUGAAAAGAGAAGUUGAGGAAAUCUGUAACCUAACUGCUGCCGGGGAAGGAGCCAGUUUUGUGUUCAGCGAUGUGUUCCCACAGUUCCUCUUCUGCCACCCAACCACGGGACCACAGCCUUUUCCUGCAACAGGUCACCUCUAGUGAGACUCACUAAAGGAAUGCUACUCAUUGCGAGAGAGUGUCCUUAUGUAGUACACGUUGAUGAUGUCUUUAUCAUUUGUUUCCGUUAGGUGAGCUUUGGAAUCUGUGUAUACAGAAUUACAGGCUUUCCGGGAAGUCUGAGAAUUAGGAAAGUUCUAAUUAUUUUUGGAAGUGGGUGUGGUUCACUCUUUAGAGACCUAGAAAGAGAUCUGAUAGGAAGACAAAGGGUUCAUCAGCACAAAAAAUGAAAACAGUGAUCUUUUUCUUGGUGUGUAGAAGUUGUUUUCUUGGCAAUAAUAAAUGUUAGAUUUCUAUUUCAGUACACAAGUAUAUGACUUACAUUAUGGGUUCCACUCCGCAGAUUAGAUUUUUGCUUUAGUAGAUUUUUUUGCCAUGAAGAUUACUUCUCAAAAGACAGACGUUCCUAUUAGCUUAGUUUUUGGUUUAACUAUGUUUAUAAAUGAUGUAAUAUAUUUCAUUUGACUAAAGAUAGAAAAAUAAUGUGUUAUACAUGAAAAGUUUUUACAGGCUUUGACUGGAGGUCAUUUUUGCAGAGAUGGUAUUUUAUAUGCUUCCAGUAUUUGGAAAAGAAUUAGUCAAAAGGAAUUCACAUAGUUUAAAUAUUGAUAAAUUAAUAUCCAAAUAAUGUACUUGUCUGAUUUCUUAAUAAGUUGGGGGAGGUGGGAGGGGUGGGAAUUACAAUGUGCAAAUGAGUAGUGAUUUCUACGUUCAUUUUCAACAUAAAACUGCUAAAUCGUAACACAUUGUUACUUUAAUAUAUGUAUAAAGAAGUAUUACUGUUUAUAAAGCUGCUGUUUGCUUUAAAAGUUGUCAUGUAAGUAUUUUCUGUAUGUUGUGCCAACUCAUCUGCUAAAAACUUACCUUCUUUCGAUCUAAGAAAUUUUCUGUGAAAUAAUUUAUCUAGACAUUUUUCUCUUCCUGUGUCCUUUCCACUUUUGCACACAUCUGAGUCAACCAAACUUUUUGCUUAAUCGGAAGCCUGAACCCUAAUGGUAAAAAUUCACUUUGUUGGCACAUCACAUCUUAAAAGUAUUUGUAUUAUUUUGUAAUUUAAUUUCUAACUAUACCACCCCGAUUUAUAAUUUAAUGUCUUAAUUAUAAUGCUCUAAUAAAAAUAGCAAAAUCAGUAUGAGCUGACAUGAA